AGAAAAGGUGCAUGGAUUUUGGUUGAAUGGUUUGGGGGAUUCUGCCUAGAUCUUUGAUUGGAUUGUGAGGGGAUCCGUGUCCCUGUCUAUAUAUAUUGAGUACAUGGUUAAAAGACUUGGAUAACGAAUCCUAGAGAGCAAACGCAGAUUGAAGAAUUUAGGAAGAAUUUAGCUGCACAGAUUGAAGAGAAAAUGGGAUUGAUCCCUAGACAACAUGCUGAGGAUGUUUAUGUAGUGAAAGAAGAAGAAGAUGGAUUGUUUGUUCCACCAUUAAAUUUUUCAAUGGUUGAGAAGGGUAUUUAUAGGUCUGGAUUUCCCAACUCACUCAACUUCCCAUUUCUGGAGACUCUGCAACUUCGUUCAAUCAUAUACCUUUGUCCAGAGCCUUAUCCCGAAGAUGGUACAGAGUUUCUGCAUAAACGUGGGAUUCAACUCUUUCAGUUUGGUAUUGAUGGACACAAGGAGCCUUUUGUGAACAUACCUGAGGGUAUUAUUCGCGAGGCAUUGAAGGUUUUACUUGACACAAGGAAUCAUCCAGUUCUAAUCCAUUGCAAAAGAGGAAAGCAUCGAACGGGUUGCCUGGUGGGCUGUUUGCGGAAAAUCCAAAAUUGGUGUCUGUCUUCAGUAUUUGAUGAAUAUCAGCGUUUUGCAGCAGCAAAAGCACGGGUAUCAGACCAACGAUUUAUAGAGUUGUUUGAUGCAUCCACUUUAAAACGACAUGGCUAUGCAUUGACACAUCCUCAAGCCAGCCAAGGAAGCCAUAGUGAAGGAGGAUGUACCUGAUUAUUUUUUAGUCUGAUCGAUUUAUAGAAUAAACUUAUCCCAAUGUUUAGGUGUGCAUCGGGACUCUUGAAAGAUAUGAUCAUUUUAGAUCUAUAGUCCCAUUGAAUUUUACAUUAGUAACAUCUUGUAAGUUACACAAGUAGGGGUUUUCUCCCUUGCGGAAAUAUGCUAUCAAAAGUAAAUUCUUGUGGGGAUGUAAUUUAGAAAGCAUUGUUCCAUUUUGUACUCAAUAAUAAACCUACAUGCCUUGAUGAGGCCUCCGUUUGAGGCAUGUAAUAAUGUGCUUGAACUGUGAGAGCUAUGUAAAUUCAGGCGUGUUUGGGGCAUAUUUUUCCAAAGAGAGUCUAUUGCUGAGAAGAAGGCAGAAUCUUUUUGAAAUUCUGUUGUAAUGUUCCAAGGAUUAGCAGAUCUCUCAGAUUUCUCCA